AUGGAAGAGUUGGGUUCUAUCUGGUUUUACCAAGAGAGUAUGGAUGAAUUAAGACAAAAGCUUCAAUAUAGUUCCUUUGAACUUGAAGCCGUGAAAGCAAAAGCUAAUGAAGAAACAAAACUUCAUCAAGAAGAAGUGAAGAAUCUUCUUCAUCUUCUCAAACUUGCUCGUCAAGAAAGAGACGAAGCUAAAGAUCAACUACAAAAACUUCUAACAAUCAAAACAAAUUCAAGCAUAACCGAGUCAAACUCACACGGUUCUUCACCGGUUGAUUCAUUCUUUGAACCGGUCUCAUCCUCUGAAUUCUCCAAUUUCAAUAUCGUACCGGAACCGGUUAACCAAAUCAAGUUCAAGAACCGACAACAACCCGUUAACCGGAUCUUGAAAAAGAUUGAUCCUGUGGAUGCUCUAAUGGAUGAGAUUAUAAAAGGCAAAUCUUUACCGGAGAAAGGGAAGCUUCUUCAAACUGUGAUGAAAUCUGGACCGUUGCUUCAAACACUUCUUGUUGCUGGUCCUCUUCCACGGUGGCGUAAUCCUCCGCCGCUUCAACAGAGCUUUAGAGUCCCUCCGAUAUCAAACUCUUACGGUUGUUUGCCGACUACGACGACGUCAAUGCUGAAUUUUAGAGGUUGCUCUGUUCCUGGAAUUGCCACCGGAAUUGAAGUUGCUACCAAACGACAACGAUUUCAUUAGUGCUUUUGUUGUUACAAUUAUUUCUCUUUUAUUGCUCUGUUUUUGUUUUUUUUUAUUAUGUUAUUUAGUUAGUUGUCUUGGAUUAUAUUAUUGUAUAGAUUUAAAAUUGUUUUUUUUGGAGGGUUUAAGAGUUUGUGUGUAUAAACGAUUUGAGAUUCU